AUGGAGCAGAGGCCAACCUUCCUGCAGUGGCUGAAGAUGACCUGGCCCGACCUUCUGACGAUGGUCAUCUUGGGGACAAUCGCGACCACGGUAUUUCGAGCAGGGCCCCCAAUGGGAAGUCGGUCGUUCACACUGACUAAUCCUAACCUUGCGUACCCGCUGCGCACACAAAUCAUACCGUCAACGGUUGCUGGAGUACUGGGCGUCUGCAUUCCAAUGGCUGUUAUGCUAUUGGCACAGAUCCGUAUUCAAAACUUUUGGGAUCUCAACAACGGCAUCCUCGGCCUCGUCUACGCCGUGAUAUGCGCCACUACCUUCCAAGUCAUGGUGAAAUGGUUGAUCGGUGGCUUCAGACCCCAGUUCUACGAGUUUUGCCAACCAAAGAUUCCGCCAGGGGCAUCCGGGGCGGGCUUCGGCGGAAUCAUGUGGAACGCGAACAUAUGCACAGUUCCCAAAAACAACGCACUCUACAACGCACAACAAAGUUUUCCGAGCGGCCAUUCGACAAUCAUCACGACAGGCGGCGUCUAUCUGUUCCUGUGGCUCAACGCCAAGAUGAAGGUAUUCGCGAACUAUCAUGCCCCAAUGUGGAAGCUCGUGCUCCUCUUUCUGCCGCUUCUGGGUGCAGUCUUGGUCUGCGGGACACUCACGCUCGACCACACCCACCACUGGUGGGACAUCCUUGCUGGAGCCUUCAUCGGGACGAUUUUCGCCAUCUCAGCCUACCGAAUGGUGUACAGAAGUGUUUUCGACUGGCGCACCAACCAUAUCCCGCUGAACCGCACGUCGCCAAGCAGUGAGUACAGCAGGCCCGACCUAGUACUCACCAGGCAAGCUGGCUGGGGAGAUCCAGACAGGGACAACGAAAAGGAGAAGCUCCCUGGACCAGUCACGAGCACGGGGGCCAUGCCUGGGCCAGUUGGUGAACAUAAUGAUAAAACAGCUUCAGGAUCCAGCAAAGCCCAAGGGGCUUGA